AUGAAGCGCAAGGCGGCGGAUUCGCAAGCUGCGAACCGGAAGCCCAGUAAGAAGAAGUUCAAGACUUCCUUGAGCGAAGAAGAAGCGAAGAAGAGAUUCAGAAAAGGUCUCUUCGACAAGAACGUCCUUGAUGCCUACACAAAAGAUUACGCCGAGUCGACACCAUACAAACACAGCGUUAUCCACGGACUGAUCGACGACAAGCUGCUGCGCGCCGUGCGCGACGAAGUCAAGGAGAAUGUCUCCUUCACACAGAAAGAGACGGACAUCUACAAGAUCCACCAGUCGGGAGAUCUGGCCAACCUCGAUGGGCUCGAAGAUGAAGCUCUCGCAAAGCUGCCCUCUCUACUCGCCCUCCGGGAUGCCAUGUACUCGCAGGCAUUUCGAGACUACGUUGCCCACAUUACCGGAUGCGGCCCGCUGAGUGGGAGGAAAACAGACCUGGCUAUCAACAUAUACACACCCGGAUCCUUUUUGCUCUGCCACGACGACGUCAUCGGGAGCAGGAAGGUCAGCUUCAUCUUGUAUCUGACGGAUCCCGAAAUCCCGUGGAAGCCAGAAUGGGGCGGCGCAUUGCGCCUGUUUCCCGUACAUACUAGGGAAGGGAAGAAAGGAGAAGAGGUUGCCAAAACCCCAGCGCCAGAUGUAACAAAAAUCAUCCCACCAGCCUGGAACCAACUCAGCUUCUUUGCCGUUCAGCCCGGGGAGAGCUUCCACGACGUCGAGGAGGUAUACCAUGCUGACAGCCCCAAGCAACUCAAGAAGCAAGGAGGCAGGGUUCGCAUGGCCAUCAGCGGCUGGUUCCAUAUCCCGCAAAUUGGCGAGGAUGGCUACGUCGAGGGUGCUGAAGAAAAGGCGGCCAAGAACAGCAGUUUGAUGCAACUGCAAGGAAACCCAGAUCAGUACGAUAUGCCCCAGGCAAAGCCUGUGGCCGUCCGAAGCCGGCAGUCUGGAUCGCAAGAGGACUUCAGCGAAGCCGAUUUAGAAUUCCUGCUCAAGUACAUGGCCCCGACCUAUUUGACGCCCGACACCCUGGAGCAGAUCCAAGAGCAAUUUGAUGAGGAGUCAAGUAUCACCCUGCCCGACCUUCUCGGCAAGAAGUUUGGCAGCAAGCUGCGGGAUUAUGUCGCAGAACUUGACGGCAAAGCGCUACCAGAAGAUAGCGACGAGAUCGAGAAGGGCUCCUGGAAGGUUGCCAGGCCACCACACAAGCACCGCUUCGUUUACAUGCAGUCAACCCAAGCGUCCGCCGACGGCAAAGGCGCAUUGAAAGAAACGGAUGACUCGCCCAUCAAGGAACUCCUCAAUGUGUUCCUCCCGAGCCCCCAAUUCCGCCGCUGGUUGCAGAUGGCAACGAGCAGCACCGUUGAGAGCCAUGACCUCAUCGCGCGACGUUUCCGCCGCGGCAAGGACUACACUCUCGCCACGGGCCACGAGGGCAAGCCGCGCCUCGAGCUGAACCUGGGCAUCACGCCUACAUCCGGCUGGGGCGAUGACGCCGACGAGGCAGCGGAAGAAGAGGAGGAGGAGGAAGAACCAAAGGCCAAGACCAACGGCAAGACGAAAAAGGGAAAGGGCCGAGGCAAAGGCAAAGCCGCCGAGCCCGCGGAGUUUGAAGAAGUCGGCGGUCACGAAGUCUAUAUGGCAGGCGACGACGACGCCACCGAGGACGCCGCCAUCUACAAGUCGAGCAGUGACGACGAUAACAUCCUGUUCUUUCAGGCGGCGUCCUGGAACAAGCUCACCAUUGUCCUGAGGGAUAGUGGUGCGCUCAAGUUUGUUAAGUACGUGAGCCGGAAAGCGCCUGGCGAUCGGUGGGAUAUCUGCGGUACCUUUGAGAUUGAGGAGCAGGAUGAUGAGGGGGAAGAGGAGGAAGACGCUGCAGCGGCCAGUGCGCGGCUGUUGGCGGAGGACACGGAGGAGGAGUGGAAUGGCUUUUCGUCAGCACCGGAGAGCGACUCGGAUUGA